AUGGCAUUCGGGCACCUCUUCCUCGCUCUCCUGAUCAGCACAAUCAGUCUCAUCGCGUCCAUAAUCUUCCUCACAACGACAACCAAUGCCCACCUUCGCUACUUCUAUGUCGCUUGGACGACGGUCUCCGCCGCGCUGGUCUGGAUUCUGGUCUGCGUAAGCGCGUGCCUUUGGUCGAGGAGAUGUGAAGGAGCCAUGGAAGCAGAGCCACGGAAGCAGCGCAUCGGCCGCACCAUCUUCGAAGUCUGCUGGCCGAAUGGAAGCCAGGGAAGCUUUCACUCAUACCAUCGCGAUCGUCCGCAAACAAAAGUGUCUGCGCCGGCAAAACGCACGCACACCGCAUCGCCAGCGUCAACGCCAUCCGCACUGGAAUCCGGGAAGUCAAAGCACAAUCGAACGUCCUCGCAAAUCCCAAUGCCGCCCACCAUUUACUCGCAGUCUCGGCACACCCACACACCUUCCGACUCUAUGUCUUCCGAGCGAUCUUCCAACUCCAGAACCGCUCUCAUCUAUCCCGACUCAAAUGGCUUCUUCCACGAUCCAGGUCUGACGAAGCCGCGUGGGCCCGCACCUCCGAUGAAGCAACCCUGGUGCGGUUGCGGACAGCCUUCCUCGUCACAGCUAAGCGUCCAGAAGAAGCCUUCGCUCAUCUAUCCCGAUUCAAACGGCAUCUACCACAAUCCAAACCAAAGCCCAAAUGUUUCGCCGCUGUCCCAGAUCCCACUCAACCGGCAUUCGGCAGUCUCGGCACUCUCUCUAGAUACCGAAAUUUCGCAAGCGAAGCUGGAGACAGCGAGCGUGAUGCGCGCUACUCGACCGCAGACCAUUAAUAUCACGCCGCCGAAAUCGACUCAGGGCAGCAGCAGUGGUGGCGUGACUCGCGGUGGAGUUGUUGUGGACGAGAGCGGAAGCCCGAGGAAGGUGGUGUCGGAUGGCUAUCCAGUAGUGAUUCAUGAUUGA